CCCGCGGUAGCACAUGUUUGGUCGUAGCGGAGUGUUUUAUAACUUUAUUCUCAGUGGUGAGCAAAGGUAUCGGUUUAAGCUGAUAACGUUACUUUGUGUGCCCGCGGGACAUGGACUUCUGUUCCGAUCCAUCAUGAAUUUCUUCCUGGAGACCAUGCAGGUCCUCCUGCUGUCCAUCUGGUACAAUGUGGAGUCUUUCAUCCACCUCUUCGUGCCUAAAAGGAAGAAGAACAUAGCUGGGGAGGUGGUGCUGAUCACAGGGUCCGGUAGCGGGAUCGGCCGCCUCAUGGCUCAGGAGUUUGCGGCCCGUGACACUGUGCUGGUGCUGUGGGACAUCAACCAAGAGGGCAUGAAGGAGACUGCCAGGCUGGCCAAGCAGAGCGGAGCCAGCAGAGUCCACCACUACCUGUGUGACUGCAGCGACAAGAACGAGGUGUACAGAGUGGCCGACCAGGUUAAGAGAGAGGUGGGGGACGUCACCAUUCUGGUGAACAACGCAGGCAUCGUGACAGGAAAGAAGUUCAUGGACGCCCCCGAUUCCCUGAUUGAGAAGACGGUGGAGGUCAACACCAUGGCUCACUUCUGGACCUACAAGGCCUUCCUUCCUGCCAUGAUUGCCAACAAUCACGGCCAUCUUGUCAGCAUUUCCAGCUCAGCUGGACUAAUCGGAGUCAAUGGAUUGGCAGACUACUGUGCCAGUAAGUUUGCAGCUGUAGGCUUUGCUGAGUCUGUGGGUCUGGAGCUGCUGGCCACUGGGAAGGACGGCAUCAAGACCACCAUCGUGUGCCCAUACUUCAUCAACACCGGCAUGUUCGAUGGAUGUCAGACCAAGUGGCCAAUACUGCUGCCAAUCCUAAAUCCAGAGUACGUGGCCAAGAAGAUCAUUAACGCCGUGCUCACAGACCAGGUCUUCCUGCUCAUGCCCAAGAGCAUGUACCUCAUCACCGCUCUCAAGAACGUCCUCCCCAUGAAGCAGGGCAUUCUGCUGGGCCAGUACCUCGGAGCCUUCAACCUCAUGGACACGUUCAAGGGGCGCUCCAAAAAACAGGAGUGAUUGAAGAGAACGAGAAGGCAAAGUCAUCGGGGACUGGAAUGGAAAGGCACAUUUUUAAAUCUUCCCAGAAUAAUAAUGCAAUCAGAGCAGAGCAGCAGUUGCCAAAAGGUGGAUUGGGUUUGAAGACUCUUUCAUUUCAACGGCUCAAACUGGAAUACAAGCGUUGUCUCUCUGCAGCUCACAAUGUUUAAUCCAUAUUUGAUUGCUCUUAAUGUACUUGUUUUUAAUUGACAUUAUCAUUUGAUGAUUGACAUGUUAUUUUAUGAGAAUUCAUAUUAUUCGUUUGAGGCUUUUCAUAACUAGCCUCCCAACCACAGGCGCUGUAACCAGAGCCCUGAGUACUGAGGACAACUGCUUCCUACAGCAGGAACCUCCCCUAGAAACAGGGUACGUGCUGUUGGUCUCUAGUCUAGUCCAACUAUACAAUCAGAAAAUACUGCUAACAUUAAGCUAACCACAAACCAUGCGGUGUUCACUACUUAAUAGUUCAAAUGAAUGGAAAUGACUAUCCUGAGCAUCUGGCAGAGAAUAAGAAAAGGUGCUAAUGACGCCAUUUCCGCUCAGUUAAGUGUAAUCAGCUAUCUGCAUUGUUCAUGUAGCCAUAAUAAUCCUCUGGCCCAGUGUUUUUCUGUCCACGUCAUUUCAGAUGAAAAAAAACCCAGGCGAUUAUAUUAAGGAACAGUGAAUUAAAAGAUAUAUUUUACCUCACACUGUGAAGAUUUUACCAUUUAAAUGUACCCACUGUUGUCACAUAAGCUCUAACAGCUAGCGUUGUAAUAGCUAGCAUUGUAACAGCUAGCAUUGUACUAGCAUGCUGCAGUUAGCUGGAGGGAGUGGAGACGCCUCUCCUUGUUCCCUUCUUGGAGCGGAGUAGGAAAGCUUUACAAUACGCACAUACAUGACAGCAGACUGAAAACUCAAUGGCCGUUGAACUUCAGUUUUAUCGGCUAAUUCUUGAUUCCUGUUUUACCGCGAGUCAUUUAGCUAAUGUUAGCUAAAGGGAGGUUUGAAAAGCUUCCGGCUCUUUCCUUGUGCAGAGACCUCACGGGGAGCCUUGGAGCAGCCUGCUCUCAUGGGCCACAGUGAAUGAAACACAUUCUACAACAUGAAGGUUAGGUUUCUUGAAGUAUAAUGCAUGCGAUUUGUACUUAAAAGUUUACCUGUCACUUACCAACACGCAACCCUCAGUUUGUUAUGAUGAUAUUAUAAAGGUUAUAAUAUAUUUAAUUACCAAUGUUCCACUAUUAAUAUGUGAUAUUUAACCGAUAACCAUAAUAUGUUGUUGAUGUUUUAACACAACCUCUGUAAAAGUCUUAAAAGCUGCUCAUGUUUGUAUACGGAGUAGAUUUGAAUGAAGAACACUUGUGUUGCCUUAAUCAUGGAAACAGCUCAAUGGAGACAUCAAUCUAAAGGUGUGUUUGUUCCUGGAGCCGUCUCUUAGCUUCAGUGUAAACCACUUAGAAUAGUGAUCAAUAAAUUCCCAUUUCAAAUGUUU